AUUUAAGUUUGAGGAAGUGGCCGUUUACUUCUCCGUAGAGGAUCGGGACUGUUUCAAUCCAGAAGAGAAGAAUGGAUCUAAUGAUGAAUUACCAGACCCUCAGUUCUCUAGGUGUUUCCACAAGCAGAAGUUCUCCUGAAGGACAUGAAAAGAACAGGAAUACAUUAGGCAUAAAGAAAUCUUUUAAUGAACGAGCCAAAGGUUCCAGCUCUCAAAAAUCAAAUAAUGUCUUGGAAUCUUAUAUGUCUACAAAUGAGAUACUAAACAGCAAACCAAAGAAUUUAUGUUCCGAAUGUGGGAAAUGUUUCAGCCAGCACUCAAAUCUGGUUAUACAUCAGAGAACUCACACAGGGGAGAAACCUUUCUCAUGUUCCGAAUGUGGGAAAUGUUAUAGCAGGCACUUUAUUCUUGUGAAUCAUCAAAGAACUCACACAGGAGAGAAACCUUUCUCAUGUUUUGAAUGUGGGAAAUGCUUUAGCCAGUACAUAAAUCUUGUUAGUCAUCAGAGAAUUCACACAAGAGACAGAACUUUUUCAUGUAGUGAAUGUGGGAAAUGUUCUGUUACUAAAUCAGCUCUUAUUGACCAUCAGAGAAUGCACACAGGAGAGAAACCUUUCUCGUGUUCUGAAUGUGGGAAAUGUUUUAGCAGGCAUUCACAUCUUCUUAGUCAUCAGAGAACUCAUGCAGGAGAGAGACCUUUUUCUUGUUCUGAAUGUGGGAAAUGUUUUAGCAGGAACUUUCAUCUUGUGAAUCAUCAGAGAAUUCACACAGGAGAGAAACCUUUCUCAUGUUCUGAAUGUGGGAAAUGUUUCAUCUCGCAAUCAAAUCUUGUUUGUCAUCAGAGAACUCACACAGGAGAGAAACCCUACUCAUGUUUUAAAUGUGGGAAAUGUUUUGGUAACCGUGGAACUCUUUUUAAACAUCAGAAAACUCACACAAAACAGACAUUUUCUGAAUGUGGAAAAAGUUUAAAUGUUAUAUAAGAUUUUUUUAAGGCAUCAAUGGAUUCCCAUUGUAAUUAAAUGUGUUUUAUUGUGAAUGAGACAUACUUUUUAACUGUAAAUAUAAAAAUAAAAGAAAAAAGGAGCCAAUUGUGACAAUUGAGUAAA